CAACAAAAUCUCGCCUAUUUUUGAUGGCUUUUCCCACAUCAAGUGCACAGCAAGCCGAAACCAACCGUAAAAUACUUGAGGAAAUACAGACCAAGAAGCAGUUGCUCAUUGGGCUGGGUAGCACAACGAAUCAGAUGCCCGCACCGCAGCUGCUUGGCCAGCCGACAGUGACAGUAGAAUUUCCGCAGAGCGUAAGCGUUACGCCUAAUGCCGCUGGCGGCCUCGGCGCGCCACGAUCUGCAUUUAAUCCAACGAGCUCUACUACUCUGGGCUUCUUUAUACCGCAGGAUUCGUAUUUUGGAAAUAGUUUUAUACCCGUGCUGCCACGCCUGGAGCCACUGCCGACACCGGCAGCGCCCAACGCCAAGUAA